GAUUUGCACCAUGGAGUCCUCUCGCAAGUUCUGUUGUCCGAUUCAUGCACCCUCUGCUCCGCCAAGGACACCGGCGCUUUGUCCGUGCGACAUGCAGCAUCGCGACGUCGAUCCCGGACUUUUGGGUGUCCGAUCAUGCUGUUUCAAUUGUCAUUUGGGACUCGCCUGAUUGGUCACCUUGUGGGCAUGGUGAACAUUGACGCAGAGGCCGAUGCAACUACCACCAACUGUCGUUGCAGAUCAUCUGCCGGGAAUGAGGCCAAAAGUCCGACAGUCCGACAUGUUCAAUAUGAUGGCCAUAAAUGAGUUAAUCUAGUUCCCUUGGAUUCUCAAACAAAAGAACACCCAUUCCUCACUUUCCGCAUCAAACCCUCAAUCAUUCUCCUGUCUAACGUUACCGAAAUGGCGACAUCAACCAACGACCCUCUCGCAAACAUAGCCUUUGACUAUGAGAUCACUCAAACGGCAGCCCCGUACAUUGCGGCCGUUGGGCUGAUUCUGCUCGGAUUCCUUCUGUUUAGGGACAAAGGCACCAAGCUCCCAUACGUCAACCCAAAAAGCCCGUUUGAAUUGUCCGAUAAAAGAGCAGUCUCGGAAUUCAUUUACGCCUCGAAACACAUGCUUUACAACGUGGCGAGAUCAUUCAUGGGAAAGCCCUAUCGGGUCCUGAGCGAUCUCGGCGACGUCAUCAUCCUCCCGCCUCACAUUGGCGACGAAAUUCGCAAUGACAAGCGUUUCAGCUUCUCCGAAGGACCUGUGGAGGUUCGCACAGCCCAUACCCUCGUCGCUUCUGAUUUCCAAGGCCGUUAUGCUGGGUUUGAUGCUUACAAGGAAGCCUGCCAUCCAUCUCAGAGAUUGCAGAACGUUGUCAAGCUACGGCUGACCAAGACCCUCGCGAAAAUCACUCAACCACUGUCGGAGGAAUGCGAAAUCAUGAUGCGUGAGACUUUACGGACAACAAAGGAGGGUAUUCUCUCAAUUGUCGCACGAUUGUCAUCCCGCAUCUCCGUCGGCAAGGAGCUCGGCUGUGACCCGAAGUGGCUGUCGACUAUCAUGGGAUACGCUGAGCUUAGUAUCCAAGCUAUGCAGCCGCUGCGACUCUGGCCUAAGAUCCCGCGGCCACUUGUUGUUUGGUUCUUGCGCGACCCUACCAGACUUAGAGCCUACAUCAGAGACGCCGACGCCCUCGUUCUUGCCGAAAUCCGCAGGCGAGGUGCCGAGAGCCAAGAACGCGAGUUGACCGAUGUCAUCGACUGGUUUCAGGAGAUUGCCAAAGGGGAGAGGGACAAUACUGGGCUGUCACAGCUGAUUCUUGCGACGGUCGCCAUUCACACUACAUCGGACCUUAUCACUCAAACAAUGUACGACAUUAUGGGAAAUCCCGAGCUUGUUGAUGACCUGCGCAAAGAGAUCGUCACUGUUAUUGGAGAGGGAGGCUGGAGGAAGACUUCGCUGUACAAUCUGAAGUUGAUGGACAGUGUCCUGAAAGAGAGUCAGGGCUUGAAGCCCAACCAAAUCGUGGGCACGUAUCGCCGAGUUAUGGAGGAUGUAGUGCUUUCGGACGGCAAGUACAUCGCCCGCGGAAGUGCCAUGGCCGUAUCAUCAGAGAAGAUGUGGGAUCCCAGCAUCUACCCGGACCCAAACAAGUUUAACGGCGCCGAUGCUGCUAAUCAGCUUGUCACUACCAGCACCAACCAAAUGGGCUUCGGACAUGGCAUGCACUCUUGCCCAGGCAGAUUCUUCGCGUCCAACGAAGCAAAAGUCGCGCUCUGCCACCUCUUGAUGAAGUAUGACUUCAAGCUCGCGCCCGGGGAGAAGCCCAAGGUUUCCCAGUUUGGGUUCACCUUUGAGGCGGAUGCUGCAGUCAAGGUUUUGAUCCGCAGACGCAAGGAAGAGAUUGAACUGUCUGCCAAGGUCACGGAAAACUAG